AGAGCAUAAAUUCUCGGAAACAGGUAUCCAAGUUUCUGAGAAUUAUCAGCGUGUAUUGGCUUCCACAUUCGCCAAGAGCUUCGUCUGAUUGAAGGAUAUAUUUGCCUAAUUUUAUUUUCUCUUACUGGAGGAACUAGGCAACGGCGUUUAACGAUAAUUGAUAAUCUAUAGUUUUCUGUUUCACUCGUGAUAAAAUUCGUCCAAGAUGGCAAGUUCCGUUACUGAGGAAACAGAGUGUAAGGUGGAGAAUAGUGCAGUUGAUGAAGUAACUGCGUGCAACUCGGUCUCCUUUGAUGUAACAGUUCAAGACGCACAAGAAAAAGAGAAAGUGAGGCAUUGUUUCUCUGAACCAUGGGUAGACAGUGAUGUGAUCCUUGUUGUGGAAAAUGAGAAGUUCCAUGUCCAUCGUCAGAUAUUAAGCUUGAACUCGCCAGUGUUCGAGGCCAUGUUCAAAUCUCAGUUUAAAGAGGCAACUGCUAACGAGAUUCCGCUGCCUGGAAAGAAACCCAAUGAAGUGUUGGACUUUCUGUUAAAAGUGUACGGACCCCAUUACACCAAAACGGAAGUGCAUAUCACAAUGGGAAAUGUGGAACAUCUUCUGCACUUGAGUGACGAGUAUCAAGUAACAGAACCGAUUUUCAAACCCUGUGUCAAGUUCCUCGACGAGGAGCCAAAAACCAAAGAAAAUGUGAUGAGGAUUCUUUCGCUUGCCGAGUUGUUCAAUUUAGAGAAAGUACGCCAAGACUGCAACGAUGUGCUGAAGGGAAUGAGCCUUGAGACUCUUUCUGAUACUGUUCAGUUUCAAAAUAUUGACAGGGAUAAACUGCAGCAUUUCUUAACGCAAAGAAUUGAGUUUUUGGAAGGAUUACUGAAGGAGGUCUAUCCUCAAUUCAUUGGCUUGGCAGAGUGUUGUAUGUGGUUGUGGGGUGAAGCAAACAAGGGCUUGGCGGAAUUGUGCCCUAUUCAUUACAGUGAUGAAAAACCAGCUACUAAUCUUGUUGAUCGUUUCAAGGAAUGUCAUAAAUGUCGAUAUAUACUGGAACGUAUCGCUACAAGAACUUGUCCAAAGAGACGUAGGGGCAGGUUCUUGGAUUAUUCUGAUACUUAUGGUACUUAUUAUACUAGUAGGCAUCGCUUUGACGACAAAGUGUCAACAAUCAUUAACAAGUUUUCCCAGGUAAUGACUCAAUCGGUGAAAAAGUGAGAAAGUAUUAAAGUGUUUGUAGACAGAUGAAAAUGAUACCUCAUUGGACUUAGCGUUUUCACCCACUAUUAAGGUCUCGGAUCUUUAAAAUCAACCGAAUUUGUCAUAGUUCUCUCUUAUCUUAUUUGGCAAUAGUUGAAGUGAGAACCUUAUAUUUCGAAGUGCAUAUGUCUACACAAUAUUUACUUGUCGAUUGCCUUAUUUUGUGAAUGGAAUAAAAACAAGUUAGGGCACACCUCCUCGGAGGGGAGCCGACUCUCUCGGUCGGGAUUUUGCCAUACGGACCGUUUUCACAAAAACGGUCAUUAGUUUAUAACACUAUGUGUAAAUAUUUUCCUCACGACAGAUCACUAAAAAGAAUCUCAGGCACGAAUGUAAUGACUUUGUCCCAUUAGUGUAAGAGAAUGUCGAAACUGAAAAAAAAAAUAAAAAAAACCCGCUACCACAUGAAAUCGUGAGAAAUAAUUGAAACAGAGGUGGACAUUACUUAACUCUAGUGCUUAACAAGAAAUGUAAUCAUUGAAGUAAAUUAACUAAUAAGAUAGACGCAUUGUUCUAGUAUAUAUUGUUCUAAUCUCCUAUAGGACAAUAGAGCAGUCUUAUCACACUAUAUCCGUGCGAAAAUCAUGAUGCACGGAUAUUUGUCCGCGGACAUUAUCUUUUCCAGGAUGGGAACAGUUUUUCCAAGAGCGAUGCUCGAGGAAAAAUGAGAGCUUUUAGGAAAAAUAUUUAAUGAAGCAUAAAUAAGGAUAGCAAACAAUGUUAACGGUGUUAGUAAAGGUAAUGUGAAUUGGUAUGGUAGUACUGUGAAGAGUGAAGAGUGCGGAUAUUGAAAUUCUGCAGAAGGGACUUAAAUAUUUUCAGCAGAUGCACAGUCGCCGAGUUUAGGUGACAUAAUUAAUUUCAUUGUUCUGUUCAAGAUUUUCUUCAUGGAUGUAAGCCGCCUUUGAAACGCUUUAAAAAUGUGAGUCAACAUUUUUGCGCUUGUUUUCUUUUUUACGAUUCAGAUCGUUACUCCAAAUUGUAAGCAUAUACAAUUAUUUUAUCCAGUUCAUUCAUAUUUAGGCAAGCAAAAUAAUCAUAAAAUAUUGCGUGUCAUGUCAUGGACAAUGAAGUCUGAUUCUAUCUUAAAAGCGUGUGUCGAACUCUACUCUAAAUCCAUCCUACUGCUGGAGGAUGAGGGAAAUUCAAAAAACUGUAAAGGACAGGAUAGAAGAGAGGUCUGUUCUUUAUCUCACCAAGAAACUGUAUUGGCCUCCCUGCAGCAUGUCGUGUAAUUCCAGUCUUGCCAUUUACACAGUUUAACUAUACUGUGUUUAGGUAGACAUAAUCGAUUAAAAAUUUCCAAGACUUAGUGGUUAUAUGACAAAUUACUUAUUGACUAAGUUGGGUCGGGCUGGACGGGAAAGCACAACUCUUGCAUGAUAUUUACGCACGUAAGUUGCUGCACUAAGUCUGUACGUCAUAAUCUCAGUCUAAAUAUUUUCCCGUACGGCCCUCCCACUCCUCAAGAAGGGUAAAUCUUGUAACCGUGAUCUUGUUUAUAAUGCCAACCAAAUUCGAGCUGAUCAGAAAUUUUAACUAAUGACUUAGUUUAGUUUCACUAUGUUCCUGUUUAGGUAAACCUACUAGAUUAUAAAUUUCCAAGGUUCA